CCCACCCCGCGCCGAGCUCCCGGCCCCGCCCCCGAAUCGGGCGGGGCCCGGGCCUUCGGCCUCGGGAUGAAGUUGAUCCUUACGGUCCGGUUGAGCUAACAUUUAUUGACCAUUUACUACGUGCCAGAGUCCCUUCCCUCAAGAAGUUAAUACUCUGGUGGAGAAGAUCGGACACAUAAAUGGAUUAUAUCAGUCAUGUCAGUACACUGUGAGAAAAGAAGCCCACCUCCUUGACAUCAAGUGCUUUGUAUCUGAAUCACCUAAGUGACUCAAAGUCCUGACUUAAGGAAACCAGAAACAACCAGGGAAAUACAUUCUCACCGGAGAAAAGGCACUAACAGAGGAAGAGAGCAGUAGACAAGUGCUUUUGAGGCUGAAUAAGCCUGAAGUCAAAGCUCAACAUUCAUGAAAGGAUGUUUUUUCAUUCUAAGUUAACAGAUUCAUGUUCUGAUCAAGGAACCGUAUCCCAUCAGACACCAUGCGGUGUUCCAUCAGGCGCGGCAUCAUAACCUCAGUGGGCAUUGGAUUCCUGUGGCUCCUCGUCACUUUGAAAACCCCCAGGGAAACUGAAGAUGUUCAAAACGUGAUGGCCCUCAAAGGCCAAGUAGCAACCCUUGCUCUCAGUGUGGGAAUUGAGGAUGUAGGGAGGGAAUGGUGUGGACAGGUAGAUUCUCAAAGCACCUGCUCCCUUGCACCUGCGAGCAGGAAGCUCCAAAGGGAGUUGGGAUAUGAACCUGGACCCAUCGGUCCAUAAAGAAGCUGCUCCCCCAACCCCACUAUUUGUUAAGGAGGACAGUUAUGGCAAAAGAAAAGAUGUGAGACUGCUGGAAGGCUGGCAGAAUCAUACCUUCCAGUAUAUUAAGACAAUUCAGCAGAGAAGAAAGACGUGGCUGACAGUGGGGAUCUCCUCAGUGCCACGACCAGAUCAAAGCGGCCUCUUGUACACCCUGGUCUCUCUGUUCCGUGCUUCCUCUAAGAUCGAGCAGAAACGUCUCACAGUACUGGUUCAUCUGGCACAUUCUGACCUCACCGGGCUCAGAGAAACCAUUGCCCGUAUUUCAACCCUCUUCAGCCCACAGAUCUUGUCAGGGAAGCUGCUGCUGAUUCAUGCUCCAUCUGAUGCCUACCGCACCACGGAUGACACGAGGAAGGAGGCCCACCGCGGGGAAUUCUACUCCAAGCGGAAUAGAGAUCAUGCCUUCCUCAUGAGCUUUGCCGCAAAGCUCUCUGAAUACUUCCUGUUACUGGAGGACAAUGUCCUUUGUGCCCCCAACUUUAUCACCCACAUUCAUUGGAAGGUGGACACAAUGAGGUCCGACCCAUGGGUGCUACUGGAGUUCUCUAAUAUGGGCUUCCUCGGCAAACUCUUCCACAGCAGGGACCUCCCACUCCUGGCUCAUUUCCUCCUCCUCUUCUACAAGGAAAAGCCCCUUGACAGACUGAUCCCCCACUUCCGUACCCUCUUAGCUCAGAAAAACCCAAUCCUCUGCAGACCGUUCCUUUUCUACCACAGGUUCUCCUACUAUACCUCCAAUGACAGUCAGAAGGCCACGCCAGUCCGGAAAAAGAACCCCUAUGGUCCUGACAACCCACCCGCAGCCAUUGUCACAGAUAUGAAGGUUUUUGAUGUUCAUUUCCCCUGGAAGGCCUACACUCUGGAUGAGUCAUUCUUCUGGACCCAAAAUGUUAGUGCAGGGAACCACCUGACAGUCAUUUUGAAGCAUCCAGCGAACUUGAGUAGAGUGCAAGUGUUGACAGGCACCAUCGUGGAUGGAAAGCAUGCCCUAGAGAAGGGGCAAGUGGAGCUGGGCUAUGACCCCGAGGGAAUGCCUCAAUACUGUACCAGCUUUGCCUUGCUGGGCCAUCUCUUGGAAGGGCAGGUGAAUCAGGAGAUAUUCAAAAGUAUGGGGUACGAUGUGAGCUGUGUAAGGCUGGUGGUGAAAGCUAAUCAGGUUGGUGGUCUCAUAAUCAGGCAUAUUUUCCUCUGGGAGGAAAAUCCCAAAGAUAUGGAAGCAGCUCAGAGUUGGAGAUAAAUCACUAAGGAUGUGAAAAAUUAAAGUUGUGAAGCUGUUCCA